CCAUAUGUCCUGCCUGAUCUAUAAAUACCACCUUUAGCUUUACCACAUAUCAUCGCAUACAACAAAUAUAUUUGUCUUCUGAAAAUAUUUGUCAUUUCCAAACACCAAACUUGACAUGGCUGCUUUGAUUCAUGAAGAUGAAGUUGUUACCGCAAUCUCUCCUGAAAAGAUGUUUAAGGUCUUCGUUCUCGAGGAUUCUGUAAUUAUCCCUAAAAUUAUUCCUGUCAUUAAGAGUAUUGAGAUUAUUGAAGGAUAUUUGAAGAAAUGAGGCCCUGGAACUAUUAAGAAGACUCCCUUUGUAGAAGGUAGUGAAGUUAAGUAUGUGAAAAAUAGAAUUGACGCAAUAGAUAAAGAUAAUUCCAUAUAUAACUAUACUACAUUUAAAGGCGCACUAUGGAGCGAUACAAUAGAAAAAGUCUCUUAUGAAAUAAAACUAGUGUCUGCUCCAAACGGAGGAUCCAUCGUCAAGAGCAUAGGCAAAUACUAUGCAAAAGGCGACGCUAAGAUUGAUGAAGAAGUAAUCAAGGCUGGGGAACAACAAAUAUUAGCAAUGUUCAAAGUUAUUGAAACAUACCUCUUGGCAAAUCCUGAUGCCUAUUAAUUUAAUUGUGUACCCACUUUGAUGGGUGCAAUUAAUAAACCUAUUGUGCUUUUUUUAUUAUUAUUAUUUCUUUACGUUCUGUUUGGACCAAGACUAUAUAUAUAGUUUUUUGGUCUCUCUCGUAAUAAAAGUUGAAUGGGUGUAAUUCGCAUGAAUUCAUAAUAAAUAAAAUAUGAACCAUUGGAUUUUUCUUUCUAA